CCCGAAACCGCAUCAUUCGCAUCGUCGUCUUCCAAGUCGCACAACACUAGCUGCAACGAGUACACAGGAAUCGCGAAUCGCUAUCGUGGUUGUCGUCGCUCUGUUGCCGUCGUCGAUACUUGGCUGCUGCUGCUGCUGCUGCUGCUCAAACUUUCGUCGCCAUCCAUUUAUCGUCACUUUAUAGUAGAAGUCGUCCGUCUUUUACUCCGACAAACUCAUCCGUCCGCAAUAUGAACCGGGCACUAAUAUUGCUUCUAUCAAUUGUUUUUGUUGUUGCUGAAUCACCAUAUGGUGGUGGAAGUGGCAAUAGCAAUGGAAAUGGUAGAAAUGGAGGAUACGGAGGCAAAGGACAAUAUGGCGGAGGAAAUAGUGGUGGAGUAGGUUCAUCAUCAGCCAGUCCGUUUUUCAGCGGUGCUAAUCAAUAUGGAUCUCAAUCCGGUUUAUCGGGAGCAGCCAAUAAUCGUUAUUCUUCAUUUGGAUCUAAAUUUGGAGGUAACAAAGGAAGCUAUGGAGGAUCUGGUUCACGUAACAAUGGCCGAUAUGGUAGUGGAUCGACAAAUGGUUAUGGAAGCGGUUCUUCAGGUGGUCUAGGUGGCACUGGAAGAUCAACUGGAGGUUAUGGAGGUGGAUCUUCAGGAAGUUAUGGAAGUGGUUCUUCAGGUAGUUUAGGUAGUCCUUCUGGAUCAAUUUAUGGAUCCGGCUCUUCUGGAGGCUUCGGUAGUGGAUCAUCUGGAAGCUACGGAGGAGGAUCUUCAGGAGGCUUCGGCAGUGGAUCAUCUGGAAGCUACGGAGGUGGAUCUUCAGGAGGUUUCGGCAGUGGAUCAUCCGGAAGCUACGGAGGUGGAUCUUCAGGAGGCUUCGGCAGUGGAUCAUCAGGAAGCUACGGAGGAGGAUCUUCAGGAGGUCUCGGCAGUGGAUCAUCAGGAAGCUACGGAGGAGGAUCUUCAGGAGGUCUCGGCAGUGGAUCAUCAGGAAACUACGGAGGAGGAUCUUCAGGAGGCUUCGGCAGUGGAUCAUCAGGAAGCUACGGAGGAGGAUCUUCAGGAGGUCUCGGCAGUGGAUCAUCAGGAAGCUACGGAGGAGGAUCUUCAGGAGGUCUCGGCAGUGGAUCAUCAGGAAACUACGGAGGAGGAUCUUCAGGAGGUCUCGGUAGUGGAUCAUCAGGAAGCUAUGGAAGUGGAGGACUUGGUGGAGGUUCCUCGGGUAAUAACGAUGGUUACGGAUCUGGAGGUUCUGGAUCGUAUGACUCACUUGGAGGAGCCAAUGGUAAUGGACUUGGUGGAUCAGGAAAUGAUCCACUCUCGGAACCAGCCAACUAUGACUUUUCUUACGAAGUUAAUGCGCCGGAAUCUGGUGCUAUUUUUGGUCAUAAAGAAAGUCGUCAAGGUGAUGAAGCUACUGGAGUGUAUCAUGUUUUAUUACCUGAUGGUCGAACACAAAUUGUUGAAUACGAAGCUGAUGAAGAAGGAUACAAACCUAAAAUUACAUACACUGACCCAGUAGGAGGAUAUGCCGGUGAUCGCCAAUCUGGAAAUAACUAUGGUGGAAAUGGAGGCAUUGGUGGUUCAGGAAGUUUUGGGGGAAGUGGUGGUAAUUCGGGAGGUCUUUACAAUAAUGGCGGUGGAUCUAGCAACAAUGGUGGAGCGUAUGGUGGUUCAAGUGGAAGUAGAUAUGGGGGAUCUGGAGGUUCCGGUGGAAGUGGUUUAGGAGGAGGAUAUGGUGGAUCUGGUGGUUCAAGCGGUGGCUUAGGAGGAGGAUAUGGUGGAUCCGGUGGUUCAAGCGGUGGUUUAGGAGGUGGCUAUGGAGGAUCUGGUGGAUCUGGUGGUUUAGGAGGUGGAUAUGGUGGAUCCGGUGGUUCAAGCGGUGGUUUAGGAGGUGGAUAUGGUGGAUCCGGUGGUUCAAGCGGUGGUUUAGGAGGAGGAUAUGGUGGAUCCGGUGGUUCAAGCGGUGGUCUAGGAGGUGGCUUAGGAGGAGGAUAUGGUGGAUCCGGUGGUUCAAGCGGUGGUUUAGGAGGUGGAUAUGGUGGAUCCGGUGGUUCAAGCGGUGGUUUAGGAGGAGGAUAUGGUGGAUCCGGUGGUUCAAGCGGUGGUCUAGGAGGUGGCUUAGGAGGAGGAUAUGGUGGAUCCGGUGGUUCAAGUGGUGGGCUAGGAGGUGGAUAUGGUGGAUCCGGUGGAUCCGGUGGUUCAAGUGGUGGGCUAGGAGGUGGAUAUGGUGGAUCCGGUGGUUCAAGCGGUGGUUUAGGAGGAGGAUAUGGUGGAUCCGGUGGUUCAAGCGGUGGUCUAGGAGGUGGAUACGGUGGAUCGGGAAGCUCAAGCGGUGGUCUAGGAGGUGGAUAUGGUGGAUCCGGUGGUUCAAGCGGUGGUUUAGGAGGUGGCUAUGGAGGAUCUGGUGGAUCCGGUGGUUCAAGUGGUGGGUUAGGAGGUGGAUAUGGUGGAUCCGGUGGUUCAAGCGGUGGUCUAGGAGGUGGCUAUGGAGGAUCUGGUGGAUCUGGUGGUUCAAGCGGUGGUCUAGGAGGUGGCUAUGGAGGAUCUGGCGGAUCCGGUGGUUCAAGUGGUGGGCUAGGAGGUGGAUAUGGCGGAUCCGGUAGUUCAAGCGGUGGUUUAGGAGGUGGAUAUGGUGGAUCUGGUGGAUCCGGUGGUUCAAGUGGUGGCUUAGGAGGUGGAUAUGGCGGAUCCGGUAGUUCAAGCGGUGGUUUAGGAGGUGGAUAUGGUGGAUCUGGUGGAUCCGGUGGUUCAAGUGGUGGCUUAGGAGGUGGAUAUGGUGGAGCCGGUGGAUCAAGUGGCAGCACUGGAGGAGGAUAUGGUGGAUCAGGUGGUGCUAGUGGAAGUGGUUUAGGGGGUGGAUAUGGUGGAUCUGGUGGUUCAAGUAGUGGUCUAGGUGGAUCUUAUGGUAGUAAUCGUAAUAGUUUAGGAAGUGGGUCAUCUUAUUAAUACUAUAUUUAUUGCUCAAAUUUAUAAUCAUCUUGUUAUAAAAUCUAAACUAAACGUUUACUAUUACUUAUGAAAUAAAUAAAUAUUACGAUACCAUUUUUUAGUUGUAUCGAUAAUACUAUUCCAUUGAUAGUAUUAUAAAAAGUGAUGUUUAUAUUCACAGAUUUUAUAUUUGUGUGUUUUGCACAGUUUAUUUUUUGUUUGCUUUACACGUAUUUCUGUAUACUAUUGAGUUACACAUAUUUGUAUGUAUAAAUCACAUUUCUUUUUUUAUUGGUGAAUGUACAAUUUUCUAUUAUUUUUAGAACUAUGGUAAUGA